AACCAUUGUGCUGAGCGACUUUCCUUUGCAAAUUCUGAAAACAGAAUGGCAGCUCUAGGAUUAGAGAUCCUAGGGGUCACUUUAGCUGUGUUCGGUUGGAUUAUAGGCAUUUUGUCUUGUGCUUUGCCCAUGUGGAUGGUAACAGCUUUCAUCGGAGUGAACAUUGUAACUGCGCAGACCAUAUGGGAGGGAAUCUGGAUGAACUGUGUGGUGCAAAGCACUGGUCAGAUGCAGUGCAAAAUCUACGACUCCAUGCUGGCCUUGAGCUCAGACUUGCAAGCGGCCCGGGCUCUGUGUGUGAUUGCCAUUGUGAUGGGAGUACUGGGAUUCCUUCUCUCCAUUUUGGGGGCCAAGUGCACUAAAUGCCUAGAUGAGGAGCGCAUAAAAGCCAAAGUUAUGAUUGCCGCUGGAGUCACCUUCAUCUGUGCUGCGGUCAUGCACUUGAUCCCUGUGUGUUGGUCUGCUCAUAAUAUCAUCAGGUCCUUCUACAACCCUAUAAUCAUCGAGGCACAAAAAAGGGAGCUAGGUGCGUCUCUUUACCUGGGAUGGGCAGCUAGCGCCCUUAUGCUGAUUGGCGGGGGGAUUCUCUGCUGCAGUUGCCCCCCACAGGAGGAGAAUAGGUACGGCCCACCCAGCAGGAUGGUUUACUCCGCUGCACGUUCUGUUCCACUCAGUGGCUUUGACAAACAAGACUAUGUGUGAACAAACAUACUCUUUAUAUGUGUCGCAACUCUGUUCAUUUAUGUCCUGAACGGAGAACAUGAUGACAAGGCUUAAGACUGUGUGUAUUUAUGUACAGUGAGUUCUGCUGUUUUGCCAUUCAAGUGUCUUUUCCUAAUUUGCUUGCUAGUGUGCUUUCUUUUGUCAUGAAGAAUUGCAAGUAUUACAUUAUUACUUAUAAUAAGCACAUGAAUAAGUAUGUUCAUAGCCAUGUGUAAACUGAUAACAAUGUUGUCAUUUUUAGUAUUGUGUUAUUACCAAUAAUUUAAAUUUUUCUUCAGUGCUUCUUUCGUAAAAUGUUCAUUACAUGGAUGUUCUUGUAGUCGAAGUGUGCCACUUCUCUGUCUGCUGCAGGGAUUGAAAAUUAACCUUAGCCAUUAAAAAAAUAUGAAUCAUUUUUUUCUGUUACAUGACUUUUUCUGGUACUUACCAUUUUCAUUAAAUAACAUAAAAACAAGCAGAAAAAAGAAAGAAACUGCAAUGAACAAACUAACUGUGCCAAUAUUUCAAGUUGUCUAUGAAACACAAUGAAGAAUAUUCUGUUUUAGAGUCUCAAUAAUUAGGUGAUGAGUUGAAUCUGCUGUCACUAGGCCUAUUUAUUCACCUGUUUUCAAGGUCUUCUCGCUCUUUGCACAAUAAUUGUGUCUUUAUCUGGGCCCUAAUCUAAGCCAGUCCCAGACAAUGGGCCUGUUUCAGGAAUGAAGAUGAGGCACUGAGUCAUGGAAUGUAACAAAAACACACAAGAAUCUCUUAGAGCUUGAAGCUGCUUAAGGAUCUUUAAGGACAUCCAUGCAGCUUUGAGUAUUUUAGCUUAAAGGACUGUAACUCUGAUACAGUUGAUUAUCAUGCAAUCCAUAAAAUAUGAGACAUAAUUUGCAAUGCCUUUACACAUUGGCUGAUGUGUGUCUAUACAUUUAAAGUAAAUUUGCAUUUUUCCCAAGGGCGACUUCCUUCCCCAUCUUCCCUAUAUGCUGUAUUCGAAUGUAAGUAAAUUUGUCUGAUCAAUUAAUGACUAUUGACUAGUCCUCUCUAAUAAACAGUAGUAAAGUUUGUGUAAAAAUGAAAA